AUGUAAAGAUAGGAACUACAAGCAGCUAUGUUAGAAAGAAAUAAAAAGGACUCAGAAAGCUUUGAUAAUUAUUUAUUUGCUGAUUAAAUACAAAAAGGUAUGCAGAGACAAGAUAUUGAAUAAAUUCAGAAAUUGCAUUUAUUGAAAUAAAAAGAAGCUGAGUUUGCUAAAUACAGUUUGGAAUAGUAGGAAAUGAAGAAAAUACUAUAGAGACAAUAGAAUUUAAAUGAAAAACAAUAGAUCAGUGAAUAAAUGUUAAGAAAUUAAUAAAUUUUUAAAGAAGAGCUUUUGGAGAAACUAAAUUAAAAGAACAGAAUUAGUUAUGAGUUAAAUUAAUCAUAUAAAGACAUGGAAGAUAAGAAAAGAAUGGAAUAAAUUAAAAUACGGUUAUUUGAAAAACAGAGUAUGUAGGAAGAAGUCAAUAAACUUCAAUAAGAUGAGGAGUAAAGAAGAAAUUUCAUGAAUAAGUUAAAGCACAAUUACCAUCAAAAUGAAGGAUUAUUGGAGAAAUACAAUUAAAUUUACUAGUAAAAAGAAAGAGAAAAAAUCGACAUAGAAAACAAACUAAUAAAGGAAGCUGCUGAAUAAAAGAGAUAAUAGGAUGAGCAACGAUAAAUUAUAGAGAGAGCUAUCAGAUAGAAGAAGAACAAAGAAGCCUAUAAUUCUAUUAUGGAAUAAAUUGAAUAAAAACGAUAAUGGAAAGAGCGAGAAUAGCAAUAGAAAUCAUAAGAAUUGGAACAUUUUGGAGUUGUGAAUAAGCAUUUUAAAAGAAAAGAUUAGGAUGAUCUGUAAAGAAAAAUAGAGAAAUUGAGGAAUAAUAAACAAAGAAAAAAAGAGAUUAGUCAAUGA